AUGACUCAUAUACUAGAAGAUCCUAGAAGAAUCCUCAACGGAGAUGAGUCUGGUUUCUCCCUAUGUCCAUCUAGUGGUAAAGUUUUAGGACCAAAGGGUUUUAGAAGUCUCAUUACCGUUAAACAAGGGAAUGAAAAAGAAAACAUAACAGUUCUCAUUAUGUUCAAUGUAGAAGGAAAAUUUGCCCCUCCCCUAGUUCUCUUUCCUUAUGUUAGACCUCCUCGAGCUAUCGUCGAUAACAUGCCAAAUGGCUGGAUUUUGGGAAAGUCCGAAAAAGAAUGGAUGACAUGUGACGUGCUUUUUGAGUUCCUGAGCAACGACUUCAAUACCUGUUUAACAAGAGAAAAUAUCCCAAAACCUGUCAUUCUCUUUGUAGAUGGCACAAAUCUCAUCUUACUAUGGCGACAAGUGAGUGGUGCCAUACCUCCAAACACUACCCAUAUGCUGCAACCAGCUGAUGUGUGUUCAGGCCAAUGA